CAGUUCCACGCCCCUGGUCGAGGCCCCGGCGCUGUGCGGCUCCGCGGCGGGCGGCGGGCGGCGGGCGGCGGGCGGCGGGCGGGCGGGGACCCGGGGCGGGGGCGGCGGCGGCUGCGGCCGGGAGAGCGGAGGAGGCGGAGCAGGGAGCCGGGAGCGGGCUGGCCCGCGCUCCUCCUGCUGGCCGGGGAUUUUCCAGCCUGGGCGCUGACGCCGCGGACCUCCCUACGGCCGCCGAGGACCAUGGGCGACAAAGGGACACGAGUGUUCAAGAAGGCGAGCCCGAAUGGAAAGCUCACCGUCUAUCUGGGAAAGCGGGACUUUGUGGACCACAUUGACCUCGUGGACCCUGUGGAUGGUGUGGUCCUGGUGGAUCCUGAGUAUCUCAAAGAGAGGAGAGUCUAUGUGACACUGACCUGCGCCUUCCGCUAUGGCCGGGAGGAUCUGGAUGUCCUGGGCCUGACCUUUCGCAAGGACCUGUUUGUGGCCAACGUGCAGUCCUUCCCGCCGGCCCCCGAGGACAAGAAGCCCCUGACGCGGCUGCAGGAGCGCCUCAUCAAGAAGCUGGGGGAGCACGCCUACCCCUUCACCUUUGAGAUUCCCCCGAACCUCCCAUGCUCUGUGACAUUGCAGCCAGGGCCCGAAGACACAGGGAAGGCCUGCGGUGUGGACUACGAGGUCAAAGCCUUCUGUGCAGAGAACCUGGAGGAGAAGAUUCACAAACGGAAUUCCGUGCGUCUGGUCAUCCGGAAGGUUCAGUAUGCCCCAGAGAGGCCUGGUCCUCAGCCCACAGCCGAGACCACCCGGCAGUUCCUCAUGUCAGACAAGCCUUUGCAUCUAGAGGCCUCCCUGGAUAAAGAGAUCUAUUACCACGGAGAACCCAUCAACGUCAAUGUCCAUGUCACCAAUAACACCAACAAGACGGUGAAGAAGAUCAAGAUCUCAGUGCGCCAGUAUGCGGACAUCUGCCUUUUCAACACAGCUCAGUACAAGUGCCCCGUGGCCAUGGAAGAGGCUGAUGACACGGUGGCACCCAGCUCAACAUUCUGCAAGGUCUACACGCUGACCCCCUUCUUGGCCAACAACCGAGAGAAGCGGGGCCUUGCCCUGGAUGGGAAACUUAAGCAUGAAGACACAAACCUGGCCUCCAGCACCCUGCUGAGGGAAGGAGCCAACCGUGAGAUCCUGGGGAUCAUUGUUUCCUACAAGGUGAAAGUGAAGCUGGUGGUGUCCCGGGGCGGCCUGUUGGGAGAUCUUGCAUCCAGUGAUGUGGCUGUGGAACUGCCUUUCACCCUAAUGCACCCCAAGCCCAAAGAGGAACCCCCACAUCGGGAAGGUAAGCAGGUCUCCCUGCCCCUGCAAACACGCCGCAUUUUCCUUGUCUCUCCCACCAGUGAUGACGACAUUGUAUUUGAGGACUUUGCCCGCCAGAGACUGAAAGGCAUGAAGGACGACAAGGAAGAAGAGGAGGAUGGUACCGGCUCUCCACAGCUCAACGACAGAUAGACUGGGGCUGGCCCUUCCUCCGGGCAGCUCCAGGUCCACUCUCAUGCACUAGGAUGCUUACUCGUCUUCUACCUGUUCUGGUUUCUCCUCCUCCCCUUUGUUCUUCCAGUUUCUACCAGGAGGCCCCAGCGGGCUUCCAGGUCACGGUGAUGAGCCCCGGCCUCAGGAUGGGCUCCACAUCACCAUGCCAACAGGACCACACGGCACCCCCCUCACCCCCACUCUGCAGUCACCUCUCCACUCCCUCCCUUUCCAUGCUGGCUCCCCAAAGGCCACCAAGGUCCUGGCCUUGGGAUUUGACUCCAGAUGGGGAGCGGACCAAGGAGGAUGGGGCGGGAGGGAUGCAGUGGUGGUGGGCAUGAGGGAUUGGAGGGUGGGGAGGAGGGCUCAAGACACAUGAGAAGAUGUCCACGGUCCCAGGUGGCUAACACAGUCCUGGCAGCUAAAAGAUGACGGCAUUGAAGGCCACCUCCUUCUGGCUGGGAGGGGCAGACCUGUGGAUAGAUUCUCAAUGCCUUUUUGCAGUUCGGACCCACCCAAGACCUCUUCCCUUCCACGUUCAUUCCCACCCCAUGUCCCCCUGUGUCUUAUGGUGACAUUGGUGAAAGUUCCUAGACCCCAGGAAUAGAGAAAAGCAACCGGACUUUCUUACCAGCAGUUACUUAGACUAAGGCAAGCUGUGUGAACUAGCCCAAGCGUAUUUCAGUACUGUCAGGACGUGACAUCUUA